ACACCAAUCAAAACAUGGUGGCGUUAACGCUUGGAAAUCCCAUAUCCGAAAAUACACUUUUCUUUGUUAUUCAUAUCUCACCUAUGUAAACCCAUUGUUAAACUCCAUUUUGGUUAUACCAAUCUACCAUCAUUGUGCAUAUCAAUGGUAGUUGUCGAUAAGGGUUGUUAUUAGGAGUCGUAACAUCAUCGAAACCCAUCUUAAGAAGGGAAGUAACCGACAGCAAGUGAUCUGUAUCUAUAAGACAAAAUGGCCCCCAAAAAAGGAAUAUCUAAAGAAAAGUUUAACGACAUCAAAGCAGUUGUUUCAAGUUGGUAUGACCGCAAUAAAUUAGUCAGUAUGCUGAAAGUUGUGUUCAAAGACCAUUUAGCAACUAAUAAUUUGUCCAACGCUACAAGAACGGUUGACAUUUUGAAUUUAUUGUAUGGUGCUGGUCAUCUCAGUCCGACUGACCUUACUUUACUAUAUGAAACCAUAGAACUCACUAUGCAAGAAGGGCUGGAGGAAGAAAUUAAGGAAAUUUUACCGUCAAUCCCAAAUAUUAGGCCUAUUGAUGAUGAUAGCCCUUUUUCAAGGUUCUCACCCUACAGGCAAAAAAUCGUGAUGUUCGGAUUUGAAUUGAAGAACAAGGACAUAGAAGCAAUCGAUGGGAAUAUUAAUAUUCCAAACAUGAACUAUGUUGAUAGUUGGUGUAUGAUCAGCGAUUUAGAACACAGGCUGAUAAUUUGUGAAAAAGACAUUGAAAAAUUCAAAGGAAAAUUGAGGAGGCUUAAGCUCGAUAAUGCCAGAAAAGUAUUUGAAGACGAUUUUAUUCCAAACCGCAAACGCAAUAUUCAAACAUCUCAGGAGGAAGGGCCUAAAGAAAAGGAAAGAAAAGUAGAACAAUCAAUAGAAAGUCCAAUAAACGCUAACCCGGGAAGUAGUCUCCAAUCUGAUGUAGGAAGCAGUCUCCGAUCUGAUGUGUCGGUACAGAUGAGUGAGAAGAAUCAGGGGUAUAUAAUGCUAAGCUAUAACCAUACCCACCAGAAAGUCGUAAAAAUGAUAAGAGAUCGAUUGAGGGAACUGACUUACGACGUCUGGAUUGAUAUAGAGAAAAUGACUGGAUACGUUAAAAGUACGAUGAAGAAAGCCGUCAAAGAUGCUGGCAUAGUUCUGAUAUGUUUAUCAAAGAAAUACGAAAAAAGUAGGAACUGCAAAUUCGAAUGUGAUCGCAUUCAGGAAUACAACAAGGCUUUCAUUCCGCUGAUUAUGGAUGACUUUGAUAAAACCAAUUCAUGGCUUGAAGAGCUUAUUGAUGAUCGCAUGUAUGUCUCAUUUAAGGAAGAGGCAAAACUUGAAGAAAGCUUUACGAAACUGCAAAAAGAACUAAUCGGCAAUAAAUGGGAAGAUUUAGCUCCCCGAUCGGAAACCAAAUCAAACAAGGUUGGAGCCCUGCCUACCACACACAAACAAGGCAUACCACCGACCGAUCAGUGUACCUCCGCUGAAGUGCUUCGGGAUCAAUCGGCACGGGGCGAUAUUCAUCUCCCUUCUGAAGACAAGGAUCUUGAAGAUUUAGCUCCCAGAUCGGCCAAUAAAUCUAAACGAGGAAACGUAAAAACCACUGACAGUUUGUCCCAGCCCAGCAGCGAUUCAAACAAGGACGGAGCCCUGCCUACCACACACACACAAAGCAUACCACCGACCGAUCAGUGUACCUCCACUGAAGUGCUUCGGGAUCAAUCAGCACUGCUUCGGGAUCAAUCGGCACUGGGCGAUAUCCACCAUCUCCCUUCUGAAGACAAGGAUCUUGAUGAGGAAGUACAGCAUCCACAUCCAAAUGUGCUUCUACCCUCUUCUGUACAAACAGCAUCUCAGCCCACUACAAGUGUAAACCAAUUGCAAGUAAGAGAGCCAAGGUUUACAAGAAUGAUAGAAGACAUCUCAAAGAACAGCGGUGAAGACAUAAACAUAUGGAAAGUAGCCCUCAAAGAUCACAUUAAGGACGUCAAUGUAUUAGACAAAGCUGUAUCUACAAAGCCACUGUUAAAUGAAUUAAUGAGACGUUCAGUUCUAGAGGAAGGGGACGUAAGCAUCAUAUUAGAGACCAUAAAACUAACGGACGCUUUGCAUUUGAAGAAAUACAUCCCCAAUUGCCCACCACCUAAAAAUAUAAUAAUCACUCACUUUACAAAAUUUAGGCAAUCUGUUAUUGCUUUCGGAAUGAAACUCAUUAGUGAUGAUGUUAUGUUGAUUGCACAGAGUUAUAAUCGCCGUUAUCGAAUUAAUCGUCAGUACAAUGAUAAAUGGUCCCUGAUACUGGACUUGGAAAGAAAUGCCAUAUUAACGGAUGAUACUACUUCUUUGGCUGAUUUCAAAUCUAACUUAAAUAUGCUUGGACUGCAGGAAUUAAGUAAAUUGCUUGAAUACUCAGUCUAGGUUACAGGUAAAAGAUAUUUCAUAGUCUAGAGAGCAAAAACAUGAAUACAAUGUGAAUAAGCCUAAACAUCUAAUCCCCAGCAUACAUCCGACGAGAUAUCUCGGGUCAAUGAAUAAUCGAUCUUAACUCAAAACAGAAGAUUUCACGCUAUUAUCAUUGCCUAGAGGUUUUAACCCUCCAUGUUUGUUAGGCAAUCAAGGUAAUUAACACAAGUAUUUAGGAUGAUUCCUGGGGUCGGUGCUGAUCAUAAGAAAACCUUGCAAAAUCACAAUCUUUGUAAUUUUAACCCAUCUAGCACAUGGACCAAAUUUUAUCACAACAAAGUAUAUGAAUGUACAUCACCAAAACAAUGCUACACCAUUAUCAGUUGGAAAUGUGAUAAUGUGAUUUAAGACUCCUACUACACCGGAUAGCAGUCACAUUCCUAUCGUAAUGCAUUGGGAAAAACUUGCAAAAAGAAAAAUAAUGAGUUAAUGUAAAGAAAAUGUAAUACUUGUAUAUAGACCACAUUUUGUCACAACAAAGUACUAUAUAUGUAAAUCACAAAAUAUAAAAUCUUACAUAAUAUCGGGUCGGGAAGAUAAUGUAAGACGCCUACAAAAUACUCCUUUCACUAGUAACAUUCCUACCAUAAUUCAAUUUCUAUGUUGAUAUUGACGAAGUUAUUUUACUUUCAAAUGAGAAAGUCAAUUUUAUGUAUGUUUCAUAGAAAAAUACAUCUUUUAUUAAUAAAUAGCAAAGUGUAGUUAGUAUGUUAAUUUCAGUAGAAAUUUGAAGUUUUAUAAUAACGUUUGCUAUGUUGAUGAACAACCAAGUGUUUAGUUAGUAUAUAAACUUCAGUAGAAAUAUUAAGUUUUAUCAUAAUGUUUGUUAUGUAUUUAGAUAACCAAAUGUGUUUAGUUAUUAUAUUAGUUUUAGUAGAAAUUUUAAGUUUCAUGAUAAAUUAUGCUGUGGUAAUGAACAACCAAAUGUAUUUAGUUAGUAUAUUAUUUUCAGUAGAAUCUUAAGUGUCGUGAUAAAAUUGGCUCUGUUAAUAAACAAAAAUACGUUUUGAUUUAGUAAAAAAAUAUAUAAUUGCUUAAUAUAGUUUACUACUGCUUACUGUUUUCUAUAAGACACAUUUACUAAAGGUUGUGGUAAUUUAAAAUUAUUACUGUACAUAUGUUAUCUUUAGAACAAUGUGUAAACUUUUCAUUAUGUAGUAAGUGGUACAUUUUUAUACUAAGGAUUAGAAUUUUCCAUACCUGGGAUACAUUAUUUUAAGAACUUUACUUUUUGGGAGUUGUCCAUACUCGACAGCGGUAGUGAUUUUAAAGUAAAUUUGGUAAACUUAGAUUAGUAUCAAGUAUUUUCUUUUUAGGUAUGUGUUCAAUAGAUGUACAAACACAACUUUAAUAACAAUUAUAGGAUAUAUGAGUGAUGAUUUGCCAUCCGAACUGACGUGUUAUCGUACCAAAUACUCAGUACGUUCCCAAAUCGCAAGUGAUUUGGGUAGGAAUCGAACCCACGACCUCCAUAUAACUAGCCUAUGUAAUAACAGGAUAACUGUAGAACUGUUUCAUUGAUAAUCCAGUGAGCACAAUGAAUGUGAAAUUACUGGGAUGUUAUCAACAUGACAAUAAUAAUACGCAAAACAGGUAAAACUAUUUAAAUAAAUAGGAUAAUUUGAAUAAAACUGCCAACCACAAACCAUUAUGACACAGCAUUUUACGUUCUCACUCGUAGGACUGCAAUUUAUGCCGGUAAGCAGGGUGACAUAUAUAAACGCCGCAGUUACUCUUUUACAGCCUCAAAACACCAUUUUGUGGAUCCUAAUUGCAGGUUUUUUUUACAAAUUAACACAUUUUCAUGCUGAUCGACUUUCUAUUCUUUCAACAGUUUUGAAAUCAAUUCAUUGAAAGUGAUUAGUUUUGUAUGUUUAGUGGUUAGUGUUUUACCAACAGUGAAUAAAACCCCUAAGAAACAAUA